AUGGCAGGGACUGCUUUCUACACCUCCUGCAAUUUAGUUUUAAAAACUCACAAUACAAGGACCCUAGCAAGGAAACAACUACCUCAAUGUCAAAUAAGAAGGAACUUUAGAAUAAAAGCAGAAGUGGAAUUUGUAACAGCUGAUGAAGCUAAGGAACUUGUAGCAGUAAAUGGGUUUAAUGUUCUUGAUGUUCGGGACAAAUCUCAAUUUGAGAGAGCUCAUAUUAAAACAUGUUAUCAUGUUCCUCUUUUUGUUGAAAAUACAGACAAUGAUCCCGGUACAAUCUUGUUGAGGACUGUCCACAAUAAUUUUUCUGGGUUGUUCUUUGGGAUACCAUUCACUAGACCAAAUCCUGAUUUCUUAAAAUCUGUCAAGAGUCAGAUAUCACCUGAAAGUAAACUGUUGGUUGUAUGUCAGGAAGGAAUGAGGUCUGCUGCAGCAGCAAAUAAGUUAGAUGAAGCUGGUUACCAAAAUAUAGCAUGCAUAUCAUCUGGACUUCAAACCGUGAAACCAGGGACAUUUGAAUCGGUUGGUUCGACCGAGUUGGAGAAUGCUGGCAAAGCUGGUUUGGUGCAAAUCCAAGGAAAAAUUUCAGCUGUGUUAGGAACUGUUCUUAUUUGUGCGUAUCUAUUCAUCACCUUCUUUCCUGAUCAAGCAGAGAAGCUGAUUCAACUGGUUCCUGGAGGCUAA